AUGAAUUUCCUACGAUUGCUAACUAACGAAAAGCCAAAAAGCGAUGAAGAAAAUGUAAAUAACAUUGAUGAAUCUAAUAAAAUGGCUAUUUUAAAAGAUUAUGUACAACCAAAUGAAAAUGACAAAACGGUAGAUCCUGAGGAGGAUCUUGAUGAUGAUAAAGAAAUAAAAACAAAUGAAAAUAUCAAUGAUGAUGUUGUAAAAAAUGAAAUUUCAAACGAUAGUUCAAUAGUAGAUAAUAAUAUAAAAGAAAAAUGUGAAUCAGAAAAUGGAAUAAAUGAUGAACAAAAGUUAAUAAAAUAUAAUAUAAGCACUUUUCCUGAUAAUAAAAAUUUAAAAAAAAAUAAUUAUGAUAAAUUAAUAACUGAAAAUUAUAAAACAAAUAAUAGACAUAUUGGAGAUAAAAGAAAAUUAAAUAAUGCAUAUGUAGAUCAUAAUAAUGAAGAAAAACUAUCAGAAGAUGAUGAAGAAAAAGAAUUUGAAUAUUAUUACAAAAAAACAAUUGAUUUUAUAAAUACUGAAUUUUUUGGAAAAAAUGAUGAACUAAAAGAUAUAUUAAAUACCCCAGAAUCAGAUUCAAAAUCUUUAUCUGAAAUUGAUCAAAUGAAUAUUAUUCAUACUAAUAAUUUACCCGAUAAAUAUAUUCUUGAAAAAAUGCCUUUUUGUAAAUUAAUUAAUUUUGAAAAAAAUAUAUCGACUGAAAGGCAAAGAGUUUUAAAUUAUUAUAAUGAAGAUCGAAAACAAAUUUAUGAAAGUAGCAUAAAUAAAGAAAGACAAUUUUCUCAUAUUUUUCAAAAUACAGAAAAAUAUUAUGAUGCAAAAGAAAUAUUAGCAUUUCUACUUCCAUAUCACACUUUUUAUUUGGAUCAUAUUAAUAUUGAUGAAGAUGAUGAGGAUAUUGAAUUAAUAAAUAAUACAGAAAAAGAAAUUAAAGAAAUCGAGCAGUCCGUUGAAGAAAUAAAACAAUCUUUUGUCGCCUAUGCUAAUCCAUCAAUUAUUUGGAGCCUCAGCCGAAUUGUAGAUAGAGCAAACCACCAAUAUAAGAAAUGCAGAAAAAUGUGA